CCGAGUCAUUCGACGGCGCCGCUGGACGAGCGGCCUGCGAGGGCUCGCCCGGGGACAGCCGCCGUCCCGGAGACGCUGGGGGCGGCGUCGGACGCCAUCGCCCGGGAGCGGCGCCGCAUCCGGCGCAAGGUGCUGGGCGGCGGCGUGCGCCCCGACUGGUUCAACUUCGACGAUGUACCGGAGGAGACGCCCGCGCCCGCCGCCGCCCCUUCGCCCGCCUCCACGCCACCCACCCCACCGCAAGCAGUCGUGAUGACUCCCACGUCCCCGUUCCCCAUCGCCCCGCAGUGGGUCAACGCAGACGGUCAGCCGAUAGCAUUCAUGCCACCGCAGCCGUUUCUCCAACAUCCUGGAAUGGCUGUUCCCGGGUUCCCGCCUCAAAACAUGUACUACAUAGUGCCGAAACAGGACGCCUCAGGGCACAGCGUUGCGGCUCCCAUGGAGUGCGGGAUGUUCUACAACUACCCAAACAAUGCAAUGAUCCAAAUUAUGCCAACGCCAUCUCAAACCCAAAUGCUUGAUUGCCAAGGAGACGCGGCCUCUCCCUCUUGUCUUGUUCAUCGGCAAUCCAAAGAGCAAGUUCUAAGCGAUGCAGAUUCGUCCGGGGAUGCUCCAUCUAGCAAUCUGCACGAAAAGGUUUGUUUCAAGUUAAACGGAAAGUAG